AUGGAGCUCAUGAAAGAGCGUAGAGUCGAUAACAUUAGUACCGUUGCAAGUGUGAAGGAACUCAUGAAAGAGCACCGGAAGCUGUUUCCUGGUUUCAGGUUUCUCCUUCCAGCUGAGGAUAACAUAACCAUCCCUCCCGAGGUUGAUAGAAGUCAUAGAACCGUCCCUCCUCCUCAGGCUAAUAAUAUAACUAUCAUUCUCAAGGCUAAGAGAACCAUCUCUCCCGAGGCUGAGAAAUAUGCUGAGUCUAACUAUAGCAAAAGGAAACGCCCUGAGUCUGAUGAACCAAGUUUUAUGAACAAGCUUAAGACAAGAUUCCGGACCCUUGAUACUGAUUUAGUUGAGUCAUUUCGCGAGAUAAUGAAAAAGUGUAAAGAAGGAAAGAAGUCGCAAAAGGACGUGCAUGGGGAGGUCGUUGAUCUUCUCUAUUAUCAUGAAGAUUUGCUCGCGCACUUUUCUAGAUUACAUUACCAAAAGCAUAUAUGA